AUGGAAAAGAAGAUGAAUUUGCCACGAGAUGGUGGAGCAAACAUGGAAGAAGAUAAAAUAAGCAACUUGCCAGACGACAUUAUUCAUCGCAUUUUCUCCUUCCUUGACAUGACAUAUAUUGUCCGGACUUGUAUAUUGUCUCCUAGAUGGAAGAAUACUUGGGCUUCAACGCCGUAUAUCAACUUAAAUAGUGGCAUGUUUAAAUCUAACCAUGAGUUUAAAGAAUUUGUGAAGCAUGUACUAACUCACCGCAACAAUCGUAUAGAAGUUUUGGAAGCUGAGCUCAGAUUCGAUGGGCAAACCGAUCAGAGGUGUGUUGAAGAUAUCGUGAACUACGCAAACUUGCAUAAUGCUAGGAAAGUGACUAUGAUAUGGUUCCCGAAGUUCAUACAUGAGCUCCCACAAUAUUUUUUCAGUAGUUUUCGCACUCUCAAUCAUCUUACACUUGGCGAAGACCCUCCCUCUUUAAGGAUAAUUUACUUGCCAGAAUCAGCCUGGGAUUUUCCGGCUUUAGAAACUCUGACAUUAAGUUAUAUAUGUCUACGUUUAUGUGAUCCGAGAAAUAAGAGCGUCGAUCUUUUUUCCAAGUGUGUUAACCUAAAGGAUCUUACUUUACGUAAACUCGUGCUUGACAAGGUGAUAUUCAAUGUUUGUGCACCACAACUCCUGAAUCUCACAAUUACAGAUUGUUUGUCCUUUCCAGAGGUUUUCAAUGUAGUUGCUCCUCAGCUAAAGAAUCUGACAACAUCACUCAAUGCACCUUAUAACUAUACGCACGGUGGUCCUCUCUUUCUGCCUCUCUCCACAUAUGGCAGCUUCAAUUCUCUAGAGAAUGUGAACCUCUCUUUUGUAGGCGGUAAAAAAGAGCAGAGGCAUGGUUCCCAACUACUCAAUUUGUUCCAGAUAAUCUGCAAGGCCAAAUUUCUGAAUCUUGAUGUGGACAUCAUGAAUAAUCUCUCAAAUUCAUGCCUGCUGAACCAACUCUCGUGUCCCUUCAAUAAUUUGAAGUGUUUGAAGAUAAAUGCAAAGUCAUUGAAGCAAAAUGAGCAUAUACCAACAAUACCCGUUCAAAUGAAAAACUACUUCCUUCAGAACUCUCCAAGUGCUACUUUCAUAGUGGAAUCAACAGGUGCCACGGAAGAGAUCAAGGGAGCAGGUACCUAAUGACAUGAUGCCUAUGAAGGUAUCCAAGUUAGUCAAAUGCUUUUGGUGCCGAUCUUCCUCUUGCACCAAGUCCUUUUAGCCAAUGUAGCCACAUCCUAAAGCCUUGCUUGGUUAGAAAGCAACACUGCAAUUCAACCUUAACGUAGCUCUUGCGAG